CGACGACGACGACGAUGACGACGAGGAGCAGGCUACGGAUGAGGACUUCGAUGCCAUCGCCUCUAGGAUGGCGGCCCGCGUUGCUACGUGGCGCCCCACUGACAAGGACAUCCCGGUUGCCAAGGAAUUCCGGGAAUCGGUCGUUCAGCUGCAGGCUUUGGUUUCUGAGAUCGAACAGGAACUAGGCCUUCCAGCCGAAGGUCUUCUCACUCAAGUCUCAACGAACGAUGUCCGGGAUACGGUGGCGUGUGCCACCAUCGUUGGCAGCGACGCACAGUCAGGGUUUAGUGGCAACAAUCUGAUGUCUGCAACUGUAGAAGAGAAAACAAACAUUCUGACAGUGGAUGAAGAACAGCAGGAGAGCCCGCGCCUGACAGCCGUUCAGAAGGGCAAGGCUCGCGCCACUGAUCAACCAGAGACAUCGAGCACUGUUAUGACAACGCAGACCAUUUGCGAUUCCAAAAUCGACGCAACGGACUUCAUCGACGACGAAGACACUUCAGGCGAGACGUUCCUGUCUUACCUUCCUCUACCUGAGACGCCGAAGUUUCUGCUUGGCGGCACUUGGUCGUUGGUCGUGCUGCCAUCCGCGGGGUACACCAGUCCCUCAUCUCGUUCGCAUCAUUCAUUCGGGAAGCUGCACGCGCGGUUCUUGCGUAGCACAUCCGAGUCCCUCCCAGAUGCAACGACAUCAUACUGGCACAUCAGCGGAAGCAACAGCCAGCUUCCAGGUACACAGAAAGCCGUCGCAGCAACUUCAAUUUCCCGGUCUCAUGCCUCUAAGUCGGGCCCGACAGUUCUGGUUGACAGUCCUUCCAGCUCGGAAGGAGCAGCCGCAGAUUCAGCAGGCGUGUGGGCUAAAUGGUUCGGACGCCGCAGCGUCUCAUCUUCCUCCAAUGACGCCACCGUCUCGCCCGCAUCCUGCGUGCGCGCACCCGUGGGUCCUCCCGAAACCUUGCCUCCGCCGUCGCCUGUGGUCAGCGAGCCUCGACGGACGAUUCUGACGGCACCGCGUCGGAGACCUCGGCGGGCUCGCCCAUGCUCUCGGGGCAUGAUGUUCCCGUGCGCCCUCCCUUGUCAACAGUCGGAAAGGGCAGUGGGUUCAAGAGCCUGUUCAGUCGGUGGUUUUAGUGGUUGUCUGUGCGUACGACCUCUGAGCUGGAGAAACAUUCAUUGCAUACGUUGUCAUCCUUUGAUCAGUGUAUCGUGUAAACCUUGUUUCGCAUUUCAUAAUUCAACCAGAUCGCGACACACAACUCUAGCCAGACCAGCCCCUCUGUGACCCGGCUUGGCACCGAGUUUGCCUUCGCCCCCCCGAAAUUGUGCAGGCCUAGGUCUCAUGAGAGAACCAAUCACGC